AUGCCGUAUAUGCAUCGCCGUAACUCUGCGCCGGAAAACAUCUUGCCUGAAGCCAAAACCAAAACCAAAGGUUCUACACCAAAAAUCCCCAUGUUGGCCUCAAGUCACGAAAUUCUGAACUGUUGGCUUGCGGAACGAGGAAUAGUGCCUAGAGAUAGAGCGAAGGUGAAGUUGCCGGAAAGAUGCCCCUACGAAACGAUGCCGACACACGAAUCUUUAGAUCAGUUGAAUAAAGCCUUCACGGUGGCGAUUGGCAGUAAUACUCAGGAACAACCGGCAACCAUCGAGCAGGCUGUGCCGACGACACUACCAUACCAAAGACGCAGCUCACUACCACAACCUCUUCCGAUGAUGGAUAACCGCUCAUUUUCAACGUUAGCUCAGGAUUUGAUUUUAGUCUUUGAUCAAAGGGAGCAACUCAGAAGACCACAAAGCAACUCAUUGCCUUCACCACAACCACUUCCAAUGAUAUAUAGUCGCUCACCUUCACCGCACCCAUCCGGGUUUGUCAAUCAUCUUGCUCCACUCGCUAUUUCGAGAAUUGAUAAUGUGUUGCGAAUGGAAAGAACACACAAAGUUUUCCCUCGUAGAUUGAACAUUCUGGCUGCAAUGGGAAUGUCUUAUGAUAGUGGCUUGGAUAAUAAGCUAUCAGACGACGAUCGCGCGCGAGACUGA